UCCAUUUUUUUCAGUUUCAGUUCCUCCGACUCCAUCUCUCUCUCUCCUCAGAUCCCCACACACUCUCUCUCUCUAAAAAAAACUUGACUCUCUCUCUCUAGAACUUCGAGAAUGGUGAAGCUAGCGACGGCGAGGGAGAGCAGAAUGUACGGGCCGAGACAGGGGAGAAACAGAGCAGAGUAUAUAAACGCGGGGCUAUAUGUUUUCGCUACGAUUGUGCUUUGGAGUGGCUUUGCUGCUCAGCUCUCUAACGAGCCCGUGUCUGGACUCGUACUUUUGCUCAUUGGUUUGGGUCUUAUUGUUGUGGUGAAUGUUCAUGAUCUAAUAGCUCACCUCGCUGGUGUGGAUUAUAGGUUGAGUUUGAUGGGGUUCGAUGCCCAGCUCGCGCUUGUUGAGUUUGCUGUUCCCGUGGUUCAGGCUGUUGGGACUAUUCUCUAUUUCUUGGGAAUUCUGUUUCUUUUUAUUCAGGAAGAAAAGGGUUACCGUUACUACAACUUGGAGAAGCAUGCAUUGAACAUGCUUCUUGUCGGGACCCUUUUGUGGUUGCUUGGAUCGACUCAUAACUCUUGCCAGAUCUAUGAGAGAGCAGAUGGGCAUUUCCAAAUCUUACAAGCAAGCGUCUACAUCCCGUUCUUGAUGGGGAGCUUGUUGUUCCUUGUGGGCGCACUUGUCAACUAUGAAGAGCAGUCUGCAUUAGAUCAUCACGGUGUGAAGUUAUUGGGUUGGACUUGGGUAUGGUUGGGUAUUUUUGGGAGCUUAUUGUUUUUCGUAGGGGGAUUAGCCAAUGUUGUGAAAGUAUUCAAGAUGCAACAAACUGAUGGAAUGCGGCUUGAGAAACUCCAAGGAGGAGCGCAAGAGUGGUUGGUUAGGGAAGGCCGCGUUCCACUCAUCCUCGAAGAGCAAAGGAGGAGGAGAACGGAGGUUGAGAAAAAAAUGGAGGUUGACAGAAGAAAGGAGAUGGAGGAAGGGAAAUUGGUAGCAGCUCCAACUCCUUACAAGGAUGUGCUUGUAGGUCAAGCUUGAAGUUUUUGUUUUGUCCAAAAACGGUAGUCAUAGAAUCUUAUGGGUAGUUCUUGGAUCAACUUUGCCUUCCUUUUGGUACUUCUUUGAGCCUUCUUUGAUUUGAUUUUCUCUCUUUUUUUGCUGAUUAGAAUUCUUUUUUAUUUUUAUUUUUGUUUGUGUUAUUUAUUUACUUGUUUAUGCCACUGAUUUACAAGUUUAAAGGAAGGAGCACAUUCUUUUUUCUUUAUUUGUUAUUUGAUGUUAGUGAUUGUGUCUCAGAUGGCUUCUUUCUAUGUACCAGUACAUAUUAGAGAUUCGAUGGGGUGCUUUUUGUUUGGCAUGUAUACACUUUUUUGUACUGCUGUUUGAU